AAAAAUCUAGAGUUUGGUCCAUGUCUUUAAAGAUCUAAGAGAGAUUCAUAGAUUGGCUAGAUUAAAAAGAUCCUUUAUACACGGGCAUUCUGUUGCCUGACUUGACUAUUUCUUCCUCACUUUUCCUAUUUUUAUAUUUAACCCCUGUUUUUUCUCAAUCCUUUUUGUUAUUUUCUCAUCUUUUCAUCAUUUCUGCAAUUAGGAAAGGUUUGAAAUGGUUUCAUCCAUGGUAGAAUGUCCAAUCCAUGUUGUCCCUCAAGCCUUUGGUUCUUCACUAUCUUCAUCCCUUUAUAACUCGUCGUCUUCUUCGAUGAGAUAUUGCAAAAGAAACCAAAAAGUCUAUCAAGUUGUCCUUUCUAAUCCCUUUUCGUCUGAAAACGUCCGGAGGUCCCAAACUUUAAGCAAGACUCUUUUUCGAGGCCAUACUGUUAAACGAUCUUGUCGUUCAAACUUGGGUGAUAUUUUUUAUGAGGAACCCUCCAAUCCUGUAGAAGGAUUAACGGAAAGAUUUAGCCUGUUGGGAUGGGGAGAGAAUGGAGGAGAUAGGAGUAAAAGGCUACAUUAUGAAGUAUCUGAAACCAGUCCUUCUACCAGUAAAUAUUUAAUGAUUAAAAAUUCAUUCUGCCAAUCGGAAUUUGAUUUCCUGGAACCCAUAAAGCUCGGGAUUAGACCCGAGGCCCCGGAUUGGCCAGAACGGGAGGCUGUUAUGUGGGCGUCUCUUGAACAGAAGGCUAAGAGCUUUGAUCUUCCUCUUUCUCUAAGAAUGGUAAAGAAGAAACUACAGUUGGAAGAGGCCUUUACGCAUUCUGGAGAUUCAGUUUGUUGCUCGGUGGAAAAGGCUUUUGCUUCAAUGGUAUUCAUUGUCGUCGAGCUUCAGAGCUAUGCAUUACAGAUGAGAGAAGCGUUGUGCCAUGAAGAUCUAGAGAUUAUUAUAGCUAAAGUACAAAAGGAAAUGCAUUCGUCAUUUGUGUGGCUUUUUCGGCAAGUGUUUUCAAGAACACCCGCAUUGAUGAUAUAUAUGAUGGUCCUAUUAGCAAAUUUUAGUGUAUAUUCUGCGUGCCACAACGUUUCAAUUGCAGAAGCCUCCUUACUUGGAUCUUCAUCAAUAGAAUCAACUUUGGUUUCAGACAGUGGAGUUUCAGAGAGAGAUUAUGUUCUAUCUGAAGGAAGUGUAGCUGGGAACGACCAAAAGAUCAAUCCAUCAAAGGCGAGUGGAUAUUCUCAAGUUCUUCACGAAGAACUUUUGCAGGUUGAACAUCAAGAUAUGAGGAGUGUAGAGGAGUCGAAUUUGUGGAACUCAGUGGUGGAAGAAGCAACUAAGAUUCAAGCAGGUUUUAGGAAUGCGAUUCUUGAUCAGGACACAACGCAAAGGUUUGUUUCCCCGGUAUCUGUUGAGCUAGAACCCGAUGACUAUGAGGAUUAUCUUAGGACUGACCUUCUAUACCAGACUGCCCUUUCUCAGGAGCCUAACAAUCCACUUCUACUAUGCAAUUAUGCACAGUUUCUGCAUCUUGUUACCCACGAUUAUGACAGGGCAGAGCAGUGUUUCAAGCAGGCGGUACAAUCAGAACCACCAGAUGCGGAAUCCUUGAGCCAGUACGCUACCUUUCUGUGGAAAGUUAGGCAGGACUUUUGGGCAGCAGAAGAAAGAUAUUUGCAAGCCCUGUCGGUUGAACCUGACAGUUCUCAUUAUGCUUCUAACUAUGCCAAUUUCUUAUGGAACACUGGCGGGGAGGAAACUUGUUAUCCCCUUGACAAUUCCCACCCGAGCAGCUCAACUUCCAACUUCUAGAGAAACUGUAAACUGGUAUGGUCGUUGAACAAGAGGAUCCAGAACCCAACUUUUGAGUGGAACUUGUCACCUAACAUUGCCCGGUUCAGAAGAACGAAUUUAUACAUAUAUGAAAGAUAAUUAUGAAUAAAGUUUAAAAUGGAGGGAGAUUUAGUGUUGGCUCUGAUGUAGAGAUCAUAGCAGCGGGCUGAAGCAGAUUCCUGCAGCCUGAAUUUAGUAAAACUGCAUGUUUCAUUGUUUUGUGUAACUAAAGCUCAAAACAUAUAUUAAUGUUGGAAAAUGGUUUCAAAAUCAUUUUUAGCUUAGAGAACUUACUGUCUAGUCUUAA